CUUCGUCCAAUCACAUUUAGCGACUGGCGCUAACCGGAAGACUACAUUACAUUACAUUGAAGCUUUGGGAAGCUGCAGAGAGGAUGUCCUCUAACUCCAGUGUAACGCACGUGCAGAUUGUCUCAUCUGCGGGACAGGCCCCGCGGGUACCUGUCCAUCUGAUGCCCUGUGAGAUCGAACAUGAUGGGCCAGCCCAGGUCUCCCAAUAUUUCACUGCUACUACAAAAGACGGCAAACAAGAAAAGUCAGUGUCUUUUAGAGGGCGAGGGCUGAAGGGGCAGGAGCUCAGCUGUCCACAGGGAUACACUGGUUUAGUGCUGAAAGAGACCAACAAACCCGGCUCUGACCAAGAGGACAGGACAGUGAAAGUGGCCUUUGUGUUUGACAAACUGACCUACUGGAACCUGGAGACGCCUCCCAACCCUGAUGACACAGUGGUGAUGGCCAUGGAUUGGCCAGAGCUGGCUGAGGCAAUACACGGGCCAGUGGAGGACUGAAGAGACGUCCUGUCAAGAGGUGGCAGGUUGGUGUCACCAGUGCAUCCUAAGAAGAACAUGUACAGUUUCCUGCUUGCAGAAAUCUCAACCAAUUCUGUUACUGUUGCAGAAAAAUAAAUACCUAAUGCAAUGUUUAUAUUUUUGUAUGAAACACUUGUCUGUAGUAAAAAAUAAAAAAGGAACAUGUUGAA